GCCAAAAAAGAACAACACAAAUCAGCUGACGCAUUUUCGUUUACGGUUUUCCGUUUUUGGCGCUUUUCUGCCUUCGUUGUGUGACUUUAUAUAAUUUUGCCACUUCUUUCAUUUUCAAUCUCUCGUCAAUUUAUUAUUCGAGGUAUUUGUUAAUUGACCUUUGAGAUUCAAAAUUUGACUAUUUGACUUGUAUUUUCAUUACGAUUGAUUUUAAGGACAACGUGUUGGCAUCUGUGUUAGACGAAGCACAUUUCAAACAACGACAAUCUUAUGGAACCAUUAUGUACGUUGAAUAUGAGCGCAGUGACAUUAACCAAAACACCGAUCAAAUCUCCUGAAGACACGAAUGUGUUGCCGAAAAAUGACGUCAAGGAUAAAAAAGACACUUUAGUCGAAAAACUCGUUAAUAAGCUACCGGAACUCAAUCAGUAUUUCAUAGUUCAUAAAAAAAUCGGCGAAGGAACCUUUAGCAAUGUGUUUGUCGCUACCAGUAAAGUACUCGAAGAGAAGAAAAAGUUCGCUAUUAAACACCUGAUUCCAACCUCGCACCCUACUAGAAUAAUCCAAGAGUUGAAAUGUCUCAAAGAUAUAGGUGGUCGAGAUAACGUCGUCGGACUCGAGUUGUGUUUGCGUAAUAAAGAUUCGGUUGCGUUCGUAAUGCCAUAUUUUCCUCAUGAUUCGUUUUCGAAUUAUGUCACGGAGAUGGAUCCUGCUGAAACUCAGCUGUAUAUGAAGAAUUUGUUGAUUGCUUUACAAAGAGUGCAUUCGUUUAAUAUCAUUCAUCGUGACGUUAAACCCAGCAAUUUUCUGUACAAUAGAAAAGAAAGAAGAUUCCUAUUGGUCGAUUUUGGAUUAUCGCAUCAGGUAGAUAACGGAUUGAAAAAAUUGUGCAGUUCGAGCAACAUCCAAAACGAACGUAAAAGAGUCAUCGAUCCUUUUGAACGGGAUAACUGUCCGACUGAAGUUAAACGACCAGUACUGCAUUCUUUGAGUAGCAAUGUACCAGAAAAGGCCACCGAUCGGCAAUGCUACAAGUAUCCGCAUAAAAAGAAGAGUCCGCUGUUUAAAGAAAAUUCACCGGUUUCGAAGAACGCCAACAUUAGUCGAAAUAUAAACUUAGUGAAACGUAAUUUGCAAUUUGGUAAUAUUACGGCGGAGGUUAAAAAGGAAGUUAUUCCUUUAAUAUCGAAAAACUUGAAAGCCGAGUCUCCUGGCGGUUUGUCUUACGGUUCGAGCUUCUACAGGAUUCAGAAUUCGCAGAUUAAAACGCAAUUCUCGUUGAAUUCAGCAUCGCCUAUGUUUCGUAAACCUGUAUCUACGAAAGUCUCAUCUCACGGAGUUUGCGGUUGCGAUACUAAACCGAGAAUUUGUAAUCAUUGCGUGACUAGGAAACCUAUGCAUGCUCCUAGAGCCGGUACACCGGGAUACAGAUCACCGGAAGUAUUGUUGAAAUAUCCUCAUCAAACGACUGCCGUAGAUGUAUGGUCUGCCGGAGUAAUAAUGGUGUCGAUUAUGAGCGGAUCGUAUCCGUUCUUCCGAGGUCCAGAUGAUGUGACAGCGUUAAUGGAGAUGGUUACGAUUUUCGGUAUCGAAGAUAUCCGAAACACAGCCACAAAAUUGGGUCGUCUUUUAUUAUGUAAUGAAAAUCGUAAACCGAUUGAUCUCAGUAAAAUGUGCGAAAGAUUGAGGCAACGUUCUUCUUCGGAGGUGAAACGAGAAAACACCAAUUUGCCAAUGUGUCGUUCGUGUUAUCAGAAGGUAUUACCCGAAGGUGGUUGUUUAUGUAAAGAUACAACCCAAGGGACCAAACACUCGCCCAAUUACGUCUUCCCAGCCGAAGCUUAUGAUCUUUUGUCAAAGUUAUUGUGCGUUGACCCCGAUAACAGAUACACUGCCAAGGAUGCGUUGGAACAUGCCUUUUUUAAAAUCAAAUUUUAAUCGUCGGUCGUCGUUUUAUUAGUCAACUUUUUUUUUAUUAUUUUAAAUUUAAUUGAAUUAAGGUUUCGAUGGGAUUUUUAUUCGAUAGGUAGGUGUAUUUUUAUGCUACACGUUGA